CUGCGGAUAGUGCGGUGACUGCGAAGGAUAAAGCUGCGAAGGAAGCUAAAAAAGCUAAAGAAAAGGGCAGUGGCUUCUUAUCUGGAUUAUUCAAGGGUGUCAAACAUGCAGCUGACGAAGUUUCCGAGGAUGUCAAUGAAUUCCUCGAUGAAACGAAGAAAGAGGCAGCUGAAGAAGAAGCCAGAGCUAAGAAGGCAGCAGCAGACGCUGAAGAGGAAGUAGAGGCAGCCAAGGACAAAAUAGUAUCUGGUGUGAAGGAUUCUAAAGACAAAGUUGCAACGGCUGCUAAAGAUGCCAAAGACAAAGUAGCAUCCUCGGUCAAGGACAGUAAAGAAAAAAUCAGCGACACGGUAUCUCAUGGUGUUGAAAGGGUAACUGAUACCGGAAAGGCUGUAACGGAUACCGUGACAGAUGGUGCGAAGAAAGCUGGCUCAAAAGUACAGGAAGCAGCUCAUGGUAUAGCAGUGGGAGCAAAGGAUGCGAAGGAUAAAGUGUCUAAAGAAAUCAAAGAAGAUGCUGAUGCACUUAAACAAAAGGUUUCUUCAGGAAUUGAUGCAGCUGCUGACAGUGCGCAUACUGCGAGAGACAAGGCAGGUAAAGAAGCUAAAAAAGCUAAAGAGAAAGGAAGUGGAUUCCUGUCUGGAUUAUUCAAAGGAGUCAAACAUGCAGCUGACGAAGUUUCCGAGGAUGUUAAUGAAUUUCUUGACGAAACGAAGAAAGAGGCUGCGGAGGAAGAGGCACGUGCACGUGCAGCAGCAGCAGAAACCGCGAAGGAUAUAGAGACAACGAAAGAAAAAGUAAUAUCGGGCGCGAAGGAUUCAAAGGAUAAGGUAGCUGCGACUGCCAAGGAUGCUAAGGACAAAGUAAGCGAGAAAAUAUCAGACGGGAUGCAGAAAAUAUCCGAUACUGGUAAAGCAGCCGGCGAAACAUUGGCUGAUGGUGCAAAGACUAUUGAAUCCAAGGCUGAAGCAGCUGUUCAUGGUAUCGUUGACGGAGCUGAGAAGGCGAAGGACAAAACUGUAACAGGUUUAAAGGACGCUAAGGAGAAAUUGGAAACUUCUGCAAAAGACACCAAAGACAAAAUCAGCGAGACAGUAUCUUACGGUGUUGAAAAAAUAACUGACACUGGGAAGGCUGUCACAGAAACAGUGACGGAUGGUGCAAAAACAGCUGGUUCGAAAGUACAGGAAGCAGUUCAUGGUGUAGCAGUGGGAGCAAAGGAUGCCAAGGAUAAAGUGUCCAAAGAACUCAAAGAAGAUGCUGAUGCAGUUAAGCAAAAGGUUUCUUCAGGAAUUGAUGCAGCUGCUGACAGUGCGCAUGCUGCGAAAGAUAAAGCAGCUAAGGAAGCCAAAAAGGCUAAAGAAAAAGGAAGUGGCUUCCUGUCUGGUCUAUUCAAGGGUGCCAAACAUUCGGCUGAUGAGGUAACAGACGACGUAAAAGAGUUUCUCGAUAAAACAAAGAGAGAAGCUGCAGAGGAAGAAGCUCGUUCACGCGAAGCCGCAGCGGAAACCAUGAGAGACAUGGAAGCAGCGAAGGAUAAAGUAGUAUCUGGCGUGAAAGAUUCUAAGGACAAAGUUACGGGAGCUGCAAAGGACGCCAAAGACAAAGUUAGCGAAAAAAUUUCGGACAGUGUACAGAUGGUUUCUGACGCUGGUAAAACUGCCGGUGAAAAGUUAGCUGAUGGUGCAAAGACCGUUGAAUCCAAGGCUGAAGCAGCUGUGCAUGGUAUCGUUGACGGAGCUGAGAAGGCGAAGGACAAAACUGUAACAGGUUUGAAGGACGCUAAGGAGAAAUUGGAAACUUCUGCAAGAGACACCAAAGACAAAAUCAGCGUGACAGUAUCUCAUGGUGUUGAGAAAGUAACUGACACUGGGAAGGCUGUCACAGAAACAGUGACGGAUGGCGCAAAAACAGCUGGUUCGAAAGUGCAAGAUGCUGCUCAUGGUAUAGCUGCAGGAGCUAAGGACGCAAAGGAUAAAGUCUCCAAGGAAAUUAAGGAAGAUACCGAAGCAGUAAAAGCAAAGGUUUCAUCAGGGAUCGAUGCUGCUGCAGACACUGCUCAUGCAGCUAAAGAGAAAGCAGCCAAAGAAGCUAAAAAAGCUAAGGAGAAGGGCAGUGGUUUCCUGUCUGGUUUGUUCAAGGGAGUAAAACAUGCAGCUGACGAAGUUUCCGAGGAUGUCAAUGAAUUCCUUGAUGAAACGAAGAAAGAGGCGGAGGAGGAAGAAGCGAGAGCAAAGAAAGCUGCAGCAGAAGCUGAAAAAGAAUUAGAGACAGCAAAAGACAAAGUAGUGUCUGGCGUGAAAGAUUCUAAAGAUAAAGUUGCAGCAGCUGCGAAGGAUGUCAAGGGCAAAGUGAGCGAGAAAAUAUCGGACGGUGUGCAAAUGGUUUCCGAUGCAGGUAAAACAGCAGGAGAAAAAUUAGCUGAUGGUGCAAAGGCUGUUGAGUCCAAGACUCAAACAGCUGUUCAUGAUGUGGCUGAUGGAGCUGAGAGAGUAAAGGACAAAACUGUAACUGGUUUAAAAGAUGCUAAAGACACCGUUGAAUCUUCUCUAAAAGACGCCAAGAAGAAAGUUAGCGAAACAGUAUCAGAAGGUAUGCAAAAGACCUCUGAUGCUGGGAAGGCUGUCACAAGUGCCGUGUCUGACGGUGCAAAGAAAGCGGGUUCAAAAGUUGAAGAGGUUGCGCACGGUGUGGCUGUAGGAGCAAAGGAUGCAAAGGAGAAAGUGUCCCAAGAAAUCAAAGAGGACGCUGAAUCAGUAAAACAUACAAUUUCGUCAGGAAUCGAUGCUGCUGCAGAUAGCACGCAUGCAGCGAAAGAUAAAGCUGCCAAGGAAGCUAAGAAGGUUAAAGAAAAGGGUAGCGGUUUCCUUUCUGGACUGUUCAAGGGUGUCAAACAUGCAGCUGAUGAAGUGUCCGAGGACGUACACGAGUUCCUUGAUGAGACGAAGAAAGAGGCAGCUGACGAAGAAGCCAGAGCAAAGAAGGCAGCAGUAGAAGCCGAGAAAGAAAUACAGGCAGCAAAAGAUAAAGUAGCGUCCUCCGUUAAAGAUGGCACAGAGAAGGUCAGCGAGACAGUUUCUCAUGGUGUGGAGAAACUAACUGACGCUGGGAAGGCUGUCACAGAAACAGUAACGGAUGGUGCAAAGGAAGCUGGUUCUAAAGUGCAAGAAGUAGCUCACAGCGCGGCUGUAGGAGCUAAGGAUGCAAAGGAUAAAGUGACCAAAGAAAUCAAAGAAGAUGCUGAUGCAGUGAAACACAAGGUUUCAUCAGGAAUUGAUGCUGCUGCCGAUACUGCACAUGCUGCGAAAGAUAAGGCUGCCAAGGAAGCUAAAAAGGCCAAGGAGAAAGGAAGUGGCUUCCUAUCUGGUCUAUUUAAGGGAGCAAAGCACGCUGCUGGCGACGUGACUGGUGACGUAAAGGAGUUCCUUGAUGAAACGAAGAAAGAGGCGGCAGAAGAAGAGGCACGUGCGCGCGAGGGCGCAGCAGAAACCGUAAAAGACAUAGAGACAACGAAAGACAAAUUAAUAUCUGGUGUGAAAGAUUCUAAGGAUAAGGUUGCAGCCGCUACCAAGGAUGCUAAGGAUAAAGUAAGCGAGAAAGUAUCGGAUGGAGUACAGAAGGUCACAGACGCAGGAAUAGCUACUGGUGAAAAAAUAGCAGAAGGUGCAAUGACGCUCGAAGCCAAGGCUCAUGCAACUACUCAAGAGGUAGUUGACGGAGCUAAAAGGACGAAAGACAAAACUGUUUCAGGUCUGAAGGACGCCAAAGACAAAGUCGGCGAAACAAUAUCUCGUGGAGUGGAGAAGGUAACUGACACCGGAAAAGCUGUCAGAGACGCAGUGUCGGAUGGAGCGAAGAAAACAGGUGAAAAAGUACAAGAUGCUGCCCAAGGAGUUGCUGUAGGGGCAAGGGAUGCAAAGGAUAAAGUGUCCAAAGAACUCAAAGAAGACGGUGAAGCAAUUAAACACAAGGUUUCAUCAGGAAUUGAUGCUACUGCCGAGACUGCAAUCGCAGCGAAGGAUAAAGCAGCCAAGGAAGCUAAAAAAGCUAAAGAAAAGACCGGUGGAUUCCUGUCUGGAUUAUUCAAGGGUGCUAAGCAUGCAGCUGAUGAAGUGACAGAUGACAUGAAAGAGUUCCUCGAUGAGACGAAAAAAGAGGCCGCAGAGGAAGAAGCCAGAGCAAACAAAGCAGCAGCAGAUGCCGAAAAAGAAUUAGAGACAGCAAAAGACAAAGUAGUGUCUGGCGUGAAAGAUUCUAAAGAUAAAGUUGCAGCAGCUGCGAAGGAUGUCAAGGGCAAAGUGAGCGAGAAAAUAUCGGACGGUGUGCAAAUGGUUUCCGAUGCAGGUAAAACAGCAGGAGAAAAAUUAGCUGAUGGUGCAAAGGCUGUUGAGUCCAAGACUGAAGCAGCUGUUCAAGGUAUCGCUGAUGGAGCUGAGAAAGCGAAGGACAAAGCUGUAACAGGAUUAAAGGAUGCUAAAGACAAAUUGGGAACUUCUGCAAAAGACACUAAAGACAAAAUCAGCGAGACAGUAUCUGAUGGGGUCGAAAAAGUAACUGACACUGGGAAAGCAGUCACAGAAACAGUAACGGAUGGGGCAAAGAAAGUUGGUUCGAAAGUACAGGAAGCAGCUCAUGGUGUAGCAGUGGGAGCAAAGGAUGCAAAGGAUAAAGUGGCUAAAGAAAUCAAAGAAGAUGCUGACGCAGUGAAACACAAGGUUUCAUCUGGUAUUGAUGCUGCUGCAGACACUGCUCGUGCAACUAAAGAUAAAGCUGCGAAGGAAGCUAAGAAAGUUAAAGAAAAGGGUAGCGGUUUUCUUUCUGGUUUAUUCAAAGGUGCAAAACAUACUGCCGAAGAAGUGACCGGGGAUGUAAAGGAUUUCCUCGAUGAAACGAAAAGGGAAGCGUCAGAAGAAAAGGCUCGUGCCCUUGAAGCAGCAGCUGAUACCGCUAAGGAUGUAGAGGCAGCGAAGGACAAAGCAGUCUCUGGAGUAAAAGAGUCUAAGGAUAAGGUUGUAACUGCUGCCAAGGAUGCCAAAGAAAAAGUAAGCGAAAAAGUAUCCGAAGGUGUGCAAAAGAUAUCCGAUGCCGGAAAAGUUACAGGCGAGAAAUUGGUUGAUGGUGCGAAGGCAGUGGAAUCCAAAGUUCAAGCGGGUGUGGAAGAUGUGACUGAUGGAGCCGUCAAGGCAAAAGACAAAGCAGUAGCAGGUUUAAAAGAUGCUAAGAACAAAUUGGAAACAUCAGUAAAAGACACAAAAGAUAAAAUCAGCGAGACAGCAUCUCAUGGUGUUGAAAAGGUGAGUGACACUGGAAGGGCUGUCAGUGAUGCAAUGUCAGACAGUAUUAUGAAAGCAGGUUCAAAAGUUGAGGAAGUUGCUCACGAUGUGGCAACAGGAGCAAAAGACGCGAAGGAUAAGGUGUCUCAAGAAAUUAAAGAGGAUGCGGAGACAGUCAAGCACAAAGUUUCAUCUGGUAUCGAUACUGCCGCUGACAGUGCGCAUGCAGCUAAGGAGAAAGCUGCCAAAGAGGCUAAGAAAGCUAAAGAGAAAGGCAGUGGCUUUUUGUCUGGAUUAUUCAAAGGUGUAAAGCACGCAGCUGAUGACGUUUCGGAGGAUAUGAAAGAGUUCCUUGAUGAAACGAAGAAGGAGGCCGCAGAGGAAGAGGCUCGUGUCCGUGAAGCAGCAGGGGAUACAAUGAAAGAAAUGAAAACUGCAAAGGAGAAAGUAAUAUCUGGUGUGAAGGAUUCCAAGGACAAAGUUGCAGCCGUGGCAAAGGACGCCAAGGAUAAAGUUAGCGACAAAGUAUCGGAAGGAGUACAGAAGGUUUCCGACGCUGGAAAAGUUACAGGUGAAAAGAUAGCAGAGGGUGCAAAGGCAGUGGAAUCGAAGGCUCAAGCAGCUGCCCACGAUGUAGCUGAUGGAGCUGAAAAAGCGAAGGAUAAAGCUGUUACAGGUUUGAAAGACGCUAAGGACAAAAUUGAAUCUUCAGUAAAAGACACCAAAGAAAAAGUCAGCGAGACGGUAGCUCAUGGAGUGGAAAAGGUUGCAGAUUCUAGCAAAGCUAUAACAAGUGCAGUCUCAGAUGGUGUAAACAAAGCUAAGUCAAAAGUGCAAGAAACUACUCAUGGUGUAGCAGACGGAGUAAAAGAUGCCAAGGAUAAGGUGGCGAAAGAGAUUAAGGAAGAUACUGACGCAAUAAAGCACAAGGUUUCGUCUGGAAUUGAUUCUGCUGCAGACAGUGCGCAUGCAGCAAAGGAUAAAGCAGCUAAAGAAGCUAAGAAAGCUAAAGAGAAGGGCAGUGGUUUUCUAUCUGGGCUGUUCAAGGGUGUAAAGCACGCUGUCGAUGAAGUUUCCGAAGAUGUCACAGAGUUCCUUGACGAAACAAAGAAGGAAGCGGCUGAUGAAGAAGCUCGUGCUCGUGCGGCAGCAGCAGAAGCCGAAAAGGAACUAGACGCAGCAAAGGAUAAAGUAGUAUCUGGUGCGAAAGAUUCUAAAGAUAAAGUUGCUUCAGCUGCGAAGGAUGUCGAAGACAAAGUAGUAUCCUCUGUCAAAGAUGGCAAGGAAAAAGUCAGCGAGGCAGUAAAAGAUGGAGUUCAAAAGGCAACUGAUGCUGGCAAAGCUGUCACAGAUUCCGUGUCUGAAAGUGCAAAGAAGGCAGGAGAAAAAGUGCAAGAUGCUGCUCAUGGUGUAGCUGCAGGAGCUAAGGAC